CCGGAAGUGACAAGAAUCAGCUCAUCUGAAAAUAUGUUGGCAUUUAUUUCAAUGAUGUUACUUUGCUAAUGCUACCACAGUGGGGAUGCGGUGACAAUGGCUGAUACUGCAGUGACAAGUAUGCGUCAACGAAGGUCUCAUGCUUUAACCGACUCCUCCCCACCUGACACCAACAUUCCAACACAACAAAACAAUCAAAAGCUCAUUGAAGGUAUAUCAAAACAAGCUAACAAAAUGGCUUUAACUGAUAGUGACAUUGAAUUGCCUCUACUUGAGAAUGAGGCUGACCCUAAAGUGGUCAUAGAGGACAAAGAUAUAAGUGAAGAGGAGGAGACCUCUCUCAGUAUCGCCUUACAGGUGUUUCUGCCUUACAUUAUUGCUGGCUUUGGUACAGUUGGUGCUGGCAUUGUACUGGAUCAAGUCCAGCACUGGGAAGUAUUCAAGGUUGUCUCAGAGGCCUUCAUCUUGGUACCUGCUUUGCUUGGCCUCAAAGGUAAUCUUGAGAUGACACUUGCCUCCAGGCUCUCAACUCAGGCAAAUUGUGGCAACCUGGACUCAAGAACAGAGCAAUGGAAGGCUAUAGGAGGAAACCUUGCCCUAACACAGGCCCAAGCCAUUGUUGUAGGGUUCCUCGCCUCCAUGGCUGCUAUGAUCCUGGGCUGGAUCCCACAAGGCAAAUUUAAUUUGCAGCAUGGUCUACUGCUGUGCUCAAGUAGUAUGUUAACAGCAUCAUUAGCCAGUCUUGUCCUUGGUACUGUUAUGAUUGUGGUGGUGCUGCUCUCUCGUAGAUUUCGUAUUAACCCAGACAAUGUUGCCACCCCUAUAGCAGCCUCAUUAGGAGAUCUCACCACACUUAUGCUUCUUUCUGCUAUCACCACAUUCAUAUAUAAAGCAAUACAAGCACAAUCUUUCUGGGUGGCCCCUGUGAUAAUAGGCAUCUUCCUGCUGCUCACCCCACUAUGGGUGUGGGUCUCUGUCAACAAUAAAUAUGUGAAUGAGGUCAUCUACACAGGCUGGACUCCUGUCAUAUGUGCAAUGGUCAUUAGCAGUUGUGGGGGAUUGAUAUUGGAUGCAACAGUCUCAGAUCCAAGAUAUCACGGCAUGGCGGUAUUCCAGCCUGUCAUAAAUGGUGUAGGUGGCAAUCUUGUAGCUGUGCAUGCCAGUAGGAUGUCAACAGCACUACAUAGAGUCUCAAAACCUGGAGUUCUACCAGAUAACUUUCUCAAGGGGUGCCCAAAUAUAUUCAGUUCAUUUUGUGGAAAAGGAAUAAGUGCCAAAACCAGCAGGGUAUUAACAGCAAUGGUUAUUCCCGGACAUUUAGUGUUCAUGUACUUCAUCUCUUACAUGAAAGCUGGCCAUGUUGCAUUUACUAUUGUCUUUGCUCUAGUCUAUUUAUCUGCGUGCAUGAUACAGGUGCUAUUGCUGCUAUUCAUUGCAAGUUGGAUGGUGCACAAGAUGUGGCAGAGUGGAGAUGAUCCUGAUAACUUUGCCAUCCCAUACCUCACUGCUAUAGGUGACUUACUUGGAACAGGACUCCUAGCUGCAGCAUUUGCCUUACUGCAGGCCAUGGGGCAUGUCAAUGCUAAUACUCUCGAAAGAUGAUCAAUAAGUCAUAUGGCAGGAAUAUACAUGUCAGAAUAUAGACUUAAUUGUAAAAUGUUAUGAAAUGGGAAUUAUUAUUGUACCAUUUUUAAACUGGUUUGUUUAUAUAUUUGUUGAGAUAUUGGUGUAUUUUUGGAAAGGCCAUAAUUGUUCACUGCCUAUGUGUCUAAGGGGCAGCCUUUCUUCCUCGAAUUCCUGAGGUCCAGGGGUCAAUUGCCUUGGGAGGUUACACCUACAUAUGUUUGAAUGGUGUAUUUAUGGACAUUACAUGUUAUCUAAAGGGUAUUUUUAAAUGGAUUUUUACAGAAGUAUAUUUAUUUAGUUCAUAAGAUUAUGUUUGAGAAUGGGUUCUACUAAAAUGUGUUUUCAGCAAAAAUGAAAUAUGGUUUACACUGGUUGUACUUUAUAUAUGUUGAUAAUUUGGUGGCCUGCUAUAUUGAUGAAAGAAAG